AUGCUGACAAACAAUAAACUGCCGACAACAUUAAAUAUCCAAAAUGCAGAUGAAAAUGAGAAAACGUCAAAGAUGAUGAUUUCAAUCUAUUGCACAAGUUUCUUUCUACUCUUGUCUUUAUCCAACGUACAGUCCGAUGAUUAUUUGGAGAAUGUUUCGGUCAAUACAGGUGAAACCGCUACGUUGAUAUGUGAUUUACCGGAGAAAUAUUCCAACAAACAAGCGGAUUUCUACGGACCCACGGGACGUUUAUUAAUAACAAAAACUGAUGAAGAUAUUGAUAAUGGUGAUCGAACAAGAUUUCUGCUUGAACAUACAUAUGCAUGGACUUGGUCUUUGAUUUUAUCCGAUGUAUCCGAUGAUGAUGGCGGAGAAUACACGUGUCGCGUUUCUUCGUCAUCAGAUCAUCAGACAUCGACGAUCAUCAAACGGUUCAAUUUAACCGUUUUGACACCUCCGAAAAUAGUCGACAUAACCAUUGAAUCAAAUAACAAUGAAAUACUUCAAGAAAAUGAACAAAUCAUUUUAAAAUGUUCCGCUCGAGGUACACCGCCUCCCAAAAUCAUCUGGCAUAUCCCAGGCAAACGAUAUUUAAUCAACAAACGAAACGAUCGAAACAUCAUCGCGUUCGAUAACAAAUUAUUAAUCAAAAAUCUUUCUCGUACAGCUCCAGUUGACUAUCAAUGUCUCGCUGAUAAUGGUAUUCCACCACGCGAUACACGAACGAAACGUUUACUUCCAUCAAUUUCACCUGAAUUGACAAUUCACUCAUCAAUCCAAUCGUCGCGUCUCGUGCUCAACUGUACGAUCUUCGCUCGUCCAUUAACAACAGCUAAAUGGAAACGAAAUCGUUUUGAGAUAAAUGAUAUCAAACGUAAACAAAUCAAUGAUUAUACAGUUGAACUUCUACUCGUCUUAGAUAUUACUCCGAAUAUCUUUGGCAUGUACGAAUGUGAAGCAGAAAAUCCUUUGAAAAUCUCCAAAGCGUUUAUUAAUAUCGAUGAUACGAUUUUAAUUAAUCGAACGACAACAUCAACAGAAACCGCAACAUUAUUAGCCAAAUAUCGUCGAAUAUCAUCGCCAUCAUAUGCGCAAAUUGAACUUCUACUCAAUCAAGGAUCAAUUUGUCGAAGUCGAUUCUAUUGGCUUUUCGUCGUAAAUCUUCUUCUGCUCGGCUAUUCUCAUGGCUUUUACAAUCGACGAUGA